CCGCUCCUUCCGUCGGUGGUUUCUUCCUUCCUGCCUUGUCCCGCACCUUUCGCGACAUGGGGAAGAGCUUCCUUUUCGCCAGCGCCACCUGAGGAUUUCCUGGAGCCGCUCCCCGCGAUGGAGGACGAUCAGGAGCUGGAGAGAAAAAUAUCAGGAUUGAAGACCUCAAUGGCUGAAGGCGAGAGGAAGACAGCCCUGGAAAUGGUCCAGGCAGCUGGAACAGAUAGACAGUGUGUGACAUUUGUACUACACGAGGAGGACCAUACACUAGGAAAUUGUCUGCGGUACAUAAUCAUGAAGAACCCGGAAGUGGAAUUUUGUGGUUACACUACGACCCAUCCUUCAGAGAGCAAAAUUAAUUUGCGAAUUCAGACACGGGGUGCACUUCCAGCUGUUGAGCCGUUUCAGAAAGGCCUGAAUGAGCUCUUGAAUGUCUGCCAGCAUGUGCUUGUCAAGUUUGAGGCCAGCGUAAAGGACUAUAAAGAUAAAAAGGCAAGCAAAAACGAACCCACGCUCUAGUCCCUCGUGCAGGGUACAAGCAGGACCACCCUCAGGAUGGUACAGAGCCCAGAACUAGAAUUGGUGACUACAGCAUGUUCUGUCCUAUAGGAAAAUGUGGCUCUAGCUAUUGACCCAUUACAGCUUUUGGAAUCUCUGCAAGUCUGUUUGCCUAAUAAAUUCUCGCUUUUGUUUAAACUAG